GUGAUGAAGGUCCUACAUCCACAGAGUCGUAAAGCUGGUUACGCACGGAGACACCUGCAUCAUGAACUUCGCGUAGCGAAGCGGCAGAAACAACAAGUACGAAAGAAUAAACUACUCGAAAGCAAACUUCAGUGGUUUCGAGACAAUUUCCCCGAAGGACGAACACAUCUGACGCACGAAGAACAAGCAUCACUGAUAGAGAGAUACCUGCAGAGGACAGUUACUGUUACUGAGCACAGUUCGGUGAAGAGUGAUAUGCGUAGCGCUUAUUUACAACAACAGAAUGAGGAAUACUCCGCUUGUGGGUUAGAAGUCCCUGAUCUGACAUCCAAGGCGAACGUGGAACAUCUAUUGGCGUGGAACGAUGAACCCUCCCGCAUCCCCACUAUCAAGAUGAAGACGGUGAAGAGGCUGAAGAAAAAUACUGAGUGUAAUACAACAGUAUAA